CCUGGGAGCGCGUCCCGGGCGGUUCGGCUCAACAGACGCUGGUGUGCCGGCGCCGGGAGCGGCGCUGCAGUGGUCGCCGCGGCCGGGCCGGGACGAGGCGGCGACGGCGGACGGGGCAGCGGACGGUCGCCCCCUCGCAGUGCGGCCGCGGCGGCUGCGCCGGGGUCUCCAGGAGGCGGCGCGGGACGUGACCGCUCUGGGGCGCAGCCAGGCCUGCGCGGGCCCGAGGCCGCAGGGACCGGAGCCCGGCAUCGCGAAACCUUCAGUGGUUCCUCAUGCCCUUUAUGGCAAAACCCCAGGUUCUCUGGACUCAUUCUCCAAAGUACUACUCAAUACAUUGUCAGGAAACAGCGCCGCAUGAUUCUUACGGAAAUCUGUUACUUCUACAUUUUGAGUACUUAUGAAUAACCACGUAUCUUCAAAAUCAUCAACCAUGAAGCUUAAACAGACUAUCCACCCCAUUCUUUUAUAUUUAAUACAUUUUAUCAUAUCACUUUAUACUAUUUUAACAUACAUUCCAUAUUAUUUUUUGUCUGAGUCAAGACAAGAAAAAUCAAACCAAAUUAAAGCAAAGCCUGUAAAUUCAAAACCUGAGUCUGCAUACAGAUCUGUUAACAGUGUGGAUGGCUUGGCCUCAGUAUUAUACCCUGGCUGUGAUACACUAGAUAAAGUUUUUAUGUAUGCAAAAAACAAAUUUAAGGACAAAAGACUCUUGGGAACACGUGAAGUUUUAAAUGAGGAAGAUGAAAUACAACCAAAUGGAAAAAUUUUUAAAAAGGUUAUUCUUGGACACUAUAAUUGGCUCUCCUAUGAAGAUGUCUACGUUAGAGCUUUGAAUUUUGGAAAUGGCUUACAGGUGUUGGGUCAGAAACCAAAGACCAACAUUGCUAUCUUCUGUGAAACCAGGGCUGAAUGGAUGAUUGCUGCACAGGCGUGCUUUAUGUAUAACUUUCAGCUUGUUACGUUGUAUGCGACGCUAGGAGGUCCAGCAAUUGUUCAUGGACUAAAUGAAACAGAGGUGACCAACAUCAUUACUAGUAAAGAACUCUUGCAAACAAAGUUGAAGGAUAUAGUUUCUUUUACCCCACGCUUGCGGCACAUCAUCACUGUCGAUGGUAAGCCGCCUACCUGGUCCGAGUUCCCCAAGGGCGUCAUCGUGCACACCAUGGCCGCAGUGCAGGCUCUGGGAGCCAAGGCGAGCACGGAAAGCAAACCUCAGAGCACACCGGCACCCUCAGAUAUUGCAGUAAUCAUGUACACAAGCGGGUCCACAGGACUUCCCAAGGGAGUCAUGAUCUCCCAUAGCAACAUUAUUGCUGGCAUCACGGGGAUGGCGGAAAGGAUUCCACGCCUGGGAGAGGAAGAUGUUUACAUUGGCUAUUUGCCUCUGGCCCACGUGUUGGAAUUGAGUGCUGAGCUUGUGUGUCUUUCUCACGGAUGCCGCAUUGGUUACUCUUCACCACAGACGUUAGCAGAUCAGUCUUCAAAAAUAAAAAAAGGAAGCAAAGGGGAUACGUCCAUGUUGAAGCCAACACUGAUGGCAGCUGUUCCGGAAAUCAUGGAUCGAAUCUACAAAAAUGUCAUGAAUAAAGUAAAUGAAAUGAGUAGUUUUCAACGUAAUCUGUUUAUUCUGGCCUAUAAUUAUAAAAUGGAACAGAUUUCCAAAGGGCGAAGUACUCCCCUGUGUGACAGGUUUAUUUUCCAGAAAGUUCGGAGCUUGCUAGGUGGAAAUACUCGGCUUUUGUUGUGUGGAGGUGCUCCACUUUCUGCAACCACGCAGCGAUUCAUGAAUAUCUGCUUUUGCUGUUCUGUUGGCCAGGGCUAUGGACUCACUGAGUCUGCCGGGGCUGGAACAAUUACAGAAGUGUGGGACUACAAUACUGGCAGAGUGGGAGCACCUUUAGUUUGCUGUGAAAUCAAAUUAAAGAACUGGGAGGAAGGUGGAUACUUCAAUACCGAUAAACCACAUCCCAGGGGUGAAAUUCUUAUUGGUGGCCAGAAUGUGACAAUGGGAUACUACAAAAAUGAAGCAAAAACAAAGGCUGAUUUCUUUGAAGAUGAAAACGGGCAGAGGUGGCUCUGUACUGGAGACAUUGGGGAGUUCGAUCCUGAUGGUUGUUUAAAGAUUAUUGAUCGUAAAAAGGACCUUGUAAAACUCCAGGCAGGAGAAUAUGUUUCUCUUGGAAAAGUAGAGGCAGCUUUGAAGAAUCUUCCACUAAUAGAUAACAUUUGUGCAUAUGCAAACAGUUACCAUUCUUACGUCAUUGGAUUUGUUGUGCCAAAUCAAAAGGAACUAACAGAACUUGCUCGAAAGAAAGGACUUAAAGGGACGUGGGAGGAGCUGUGCAACAGCUGUGAGAUGGAAAAUGAGGUACUCAGAGUGCUAUCUGAAGCUGCUAUUUCAGCAAGUCUGGAAAAGUUUGAAAUUCCAGUGAAAAUUCGUUUGAGCCCUGAACCGUGGACCCCAGAAACUGGUCUGGUGACAGAUGCCUUCAAGCUGAAACGCAAAGAGCUUAAAACACAUUACCAGGCGGACAUUGAGCGAAUGUAUGGAAGGAAAUAAUUCUUCUCUUGGGCAUCAGGUUGCUGCAGGGAGCUCAGAUCAAAUAGGAAAAUACUUGAAAUGCACGUCUCAAACUGUGAGGCAAACUCCAUUCCUCAUACUAAACCUAAACUGUUACUUCUCAUGACAUCACCAUUUUUAACUGACAGGACGAGUAAAAUGUUAAGACAGCAAACCUGUGUCUGUCUCUUCUUUCUUCCCCUCCUGCAGUUUCCUUUACCCCCCGGACUGCACUUGUCAGCAUGAGGAGUCUCCUGAAUCAUAUGGGGAACAGUGAUUUUAAAACCUCAAGUUUUUAAACAUGAUUUAUAUGUUCUGUAUAAUGUUCAGUUUGUAACUUUUUAAAGUUUGGAUGUAUAGAGGGAUAAAUAGGAAAUAUAAGAAUUGGUUAUUUUGGGGGACUUUUUUACUUACAUUAUUUAAAAAAUGUAAGGUUAUGGAUGUGAAAUUAUGUAAAUUUCAAAUGCUUAUGAAUCAAAUCAUUGUUGAACAAAGGCUUUGUUGCUAUGUAAUUAUUGUCUUGUAUGCAUUUGAGAGAAAUAAAUACACGCAUACUUAUGUUUAAGAAAUUAAGACUUUGUGAAUAUAUGCCUGACAGUGUCUUCUUUAAUACAUUUAUUUUCUUUAAUAUAUAUAUAUAUAUAUAUAUUGAUUUCAGAGAGAGGAAGGGAGAGGGAGAGAAAGAAAGGUCAACGAUGGAGAGAAUCAUUGACCAGCUGCCUCCUGCACUCCCCCUACUGGGGAUUGAGCCUGCAACCCAGGUAUGUGCCCUGACCCGGAAUCCAACCCUUAUCUCCUGGUUCAUGGGUUGACGCUCAACCGCUGAGCCACACGGGCUGGGCUAUUCAUUUAUUUUUUAUUAGAUAAAAAUGAAGUUUGGUUGGUGCUGCAUGGAACAAAGUAGCAGUAGAGGGUUGUGAUUUAAUAGUAAAGAAGAAAACACAGCAAGUGCAGCACCAGUGGGUAACUCGUCUCGGGUAGCUUGCCCUCAAAAUAUUUGAUCUUCUAGUUAGCUGUUGAAAUGAGGAAGCAAUUAUAAAAGUUAGAUGGUAGAACUUAAAAAAACAAAGGAUAGAAAGUUACUUUAUUUCAUCGAUCGUAUGUACAUAUGACACAUUAAUAAUGGAAAUGUACUGUGUCCCCCUCCCCUAGUUUUUAUCUACAUGUUUAAUCUAUUUCAGUUCCAGAUUAGGAUUCUUUGUUUUGAUGGCUUGCACUGGUGUGUGUGUGUGUGUGUGUGUGUGUGUGUGUGUGUGUGGCAGGGGGCGGGGUAGCUUAUUGAAAAAGCACUAACACUUUCUGUCAUAAGGUGUCUGUCUGUAUUAGAAAAUGAAAAAAAACUUAGAAUGCAUAAUAGUAUUCUCAACAAUUUACACAAGAACUUAAUAUAAUGAGGUUAAGAUUUGUAGGUUUUUAUGUUUGUGUGCAACUUAUUUGUGAUUCUAAAAACAAUGCUUGUGUAAUAGUCUUUUCAUAUGUAUUGCUUGUCUAUUGUUAUGUGAGCAUUAUUAAAAGUAAUAUUGCACCAAUUAAGAUGUGUUUAACUCAAGACUAAGAAAACAUAGGUACCACGUUUUUUAUAUGUCACAUUAGUUAUUUUCUUGAUUUCUCACUGUAGGUAUCAAAAGACAAACAAAACAAAACAUGAACAGGGGUCUGUGCAGGGCAGUGGGCGAGUUGAGGAUGGGCUCGCAGUUUUUGGUUAUAUCACAAACAUUACAUUUGAAGACAUUGCAAUAUGGUAUUUUUGGUUUUGAACUUUUACUAGUAUUCUUCUAUAUUUAUAUUGUGUUUUGAAUACUUUUCUCUUCAUUAUAGUGUAUCAUAAUUUGGAAAAGCUGCCAAGAAAUAAAACUAUGAAAGACAAUAGAACCUCUCUAUCGGAUGUUGUGAUGCAAAAAUUAAAUCAGUGGGUGGAAUUUGUUUCUGAUGCUUUAGCUUCAGAAUAAUUGUUUGCUUUCCAGUGGUUUUAAAACGUUGUACUUAGAAAAAGAAGGUUCAGUUCUUCAAAGGAUAGAUGUUGAUAAUUGUGACUUGAAAUAGUGUCAGAUGAUUAUGUAGCUUAUCACUGAUUUGGAAUAAACAUUUCAGAGCAAUCUAAUAAGGCUGGUUCCAUUUUAAUAAAUUUUAAAUAAUUCCUUUCAGUCCUAAAAUGUCAGAUGUCACAGCAGAAUAUGAAAUUAAGUAUGUACAAUCUCUUUUCAGACAAAUUACUCUCUAACCCAAACUAUCUUUUUUAAAAAAUUUGUUUUUAACUACAUUUUUGUUGAUUUUAGAGAGGAAGGGAGAGAGAGAGAGAAACAUUGAUUGGCAGCCUCCUGCACGCCCCACACUGGGGAUCAAGCCCACAAGGUGGGCAUGUGUCCUGACUGGGAUUCAAACUGUGAUCUGGUUCCUAGGUCAACAGCCACUUAGCCAUGCUGGCUGGGGCUCUAACCAAACCAUCUUAAGUGACUUGUAAAACGGUAUCUUUUAAUACUACCCUUUCAAAAAGAAAAAAGUUGGUUUGCUAAAAAAAAAAAAACACACCCCGAACCCUAACUACUAUAAUUCUAUUAUAAGAAAUACUGCUUUAACCACAAGGUACUUGAAGAGGAAAACUUGAAAUUUCAAAGUCAAUUGCUAAAUCUAAUACACAUCUGAAUAUAAACUAGAUCCUAAAAGAACGGUUCCCUAAGAACUCCUGUUUUCUGUACUUCAGGAGAUGACCAUUGCUGUCACAGUAAGUAGCAGUUUAUAGCAAUAGAUUGUUGGCUACCUCUUUUUUCCUACAGCUCCACUCCCCCACUGGAAUUUUUAGCUUAAACUUCAUUAAAAGGUUUUUACCAAUCAACAGAACAAAACAAAGUGGGAUCUACUUUCUAAGUACUUUGUUUUUAAGUAAUGGAUUUGCUAUCUGUGAUGUUCUCUAAAGUUUGCACUAUUUGCAGCAAUGUUUAAAAAUAGAUGAACUUGGCAUAACCUUGCCGCUAAAAUUCACAAGAUUUUAUAGUUUUAAGCAAUUAGUCCCUGUGAUACAGUGUAAAAUUUAAACCAAAAACUGAUGUGUGGGCUCGUUUGUAAGAAAGUUAUGUACAUCUGUAAUGUUUUAAAGGGGUCGCCAUUUUAAACUGUCACGUGGGACCACACUGAAAUGUAACACUUUCUCUGUACUUACCAGUGGUGACCUAUGAGUUCAUUUUCAGUGUUUUCUUGGUGAUUGCGGUUUUCUCCAUGAAGAAGUGUACAUGAUGAAGAAGCUAUAUCAUGUAGACUAUUUAUUUGUAAUUUGACAUGAAUUUUGAAGGAUAAAGAUGUGUAAAAACA